CCUCCCCCUUUGGCCUUCCCAUGCCCUUCCCUGACGUGUAGGUACGUCAUCGCUCCCCGCCUACGGUGUCCCUUAUAGGACAUGCAGCUGUGGAGAUCGCUGUUUCGAUCCUUGUUUUGCAAAUGGAAAUCCUACAGGCAUCGUUUUGUGCCCUGGGUGGCGCUAAACCUGGCUCGGAACCGCAGGUGGGAGCCUUGUACCUUGCCCGUAUGGACCAUGAGGUAUGUACAAGACAGCCGCUGUGACAAACUGAUUCCAGAUACAGAAGUGCACGCUGCCCUGGAGAAGCUGUUCCGGGCCAUCUUCCUACAAGAUCUACAGAGUCAGAAUGAACUGCUUUGUAUGCUGCCAGAAGCAACUAAAUCCACUUACAGGCAUUUCCAUGCCCCUGAGCAUCAGUCUAAAACCAGCAGUGAAAGUGACGUGCCACUGGAGGCCAGGGAAAUCUUACACAGUACUCUAGGAUUCUGCAUUGCUCGUGCCCCAAGUUCAAUAGAUUCUGCUGGAACUGGAGUAUUUGUUUCCAAAGGCCACGUGCAGAAAGGAGCAGUCGUAUCCAUGUACCCUGGCACAGUCUAUCAGCAGUAUGAACCCAUCUUUUUCCAGUCAAUAAGGAACCCAUUCAUUUUCAGGUGCAUUGACGGUAUCCUUAUUGAUGGCAAUGAUAAAGGAAUCUCACAGUAUUUGUACAGGUCUUGCAGUAGAAGAGAUCAACUUGGACCUUUGAAACUGUGUGAUGCCACAUGGCUAAGCGCUUUCCCACAGAACCCAUGGGCUGUUGGGCAGUACGUCAAUAACUGUUCCAAUGAACGGGAAGCUAAUGUAUGCUAUCAGGAAUUUGAUGUGCCGGAAUAUUUCCCCAUUGAGCUAAGGCAGUAUCUUCCAAAUAUCAAUUACUCCCCUGACUCCCAAGGGCCGCUACGCUGCGUCGUUCUUGUUGCACUCAGAGACAUUGAUUGUGGAGAGGAGCUUUUCUCAAACUAUUUCACAAUUGUUCAGUAGGAAAUUUCUGCCCUGGGAGGAGCUGCAGUGAAUGAAUGAGACGCUGGGCUGUAUUUUCAUUGCAGUGCAAUGUAAGCUAUUUCUUUUGGCUGCUUUGUAUUAAAUAUUAUUGAAUAUUUU